AGGGAUGGAAGAAGCGAGUCUGUGCCUUGGAGUGUCCCCAGCGGCAGCAGCCGCACCAGAAGCUGAGUCCCACCUGGGCAGCCCGGUCCUUAACGGCCAGUAUGCCAUGAGUCAGAAGUUGCACCAGAUCACCUCCCAGCUCAGCCAUGCCUUCCCAGAGCUGCACCCGAGGCCCAACCCGGAGGAGAAGACCCCCGCACCUUUGGAUGAGAAGACCCACGUGCCCAUGAGCGGCCAGUCCAUGGGCAGUCAGAUGGCACUGCUGGCCAACCAGCUGGGCCGCGACGUGGACACCAGCCUCAAUGGGCGGGUGGACCUGCAGCAGUUCCUCAAUGGGCAGAACCUGGGCAUCAUGUCACAGAUGAGCGACAUUGAGGACGAUGCGCGCAAGAACCGCAAGUACCCGUGUCCUCUGUGUGGCAAGCGCUUCCGUUUCAACAGCAUCUUGUCGCUGCACAUGCGCACACACACGGGCGAGAAGCCCUUCAAAUGUCCCUACUGUGACCACCGUGCUGCCCAGAAGGGUAACCUCAAGAUCCACCUGCGGACCCACAAGCUGGGCAACCUGGGCAAAGGGCGCGGGCGAGUGCGCGAGGAAAACCGCCUGCUGCACGAGCUGGAGGAGAGGGCCAUCUUGAGGGACAAGCAGAUGAAGGGCAGUUUGGGACAACCCCGGCCAGAUCUGAAGCCUUUGCCACAUGCCCAGCAGGCUCCACUGGCUGCCUGUAGCCUGGCCUUGCCUGCCAACCCCAGUGUACCCGAUAUGGCCCACCCAGUGCCCUCGCCCAAGCCGGCCAGCGUGCAGGAGGACGCAGCCACCCCCGCGGCUGGCUUCCGCUGCACCUUCUGCAAGGGUAAGUUCAAGAAGCGGGAGGAGCUGGACCGUCACAUCCGCAUCCUACACAAGCCCUACAAGUGCACGCUGUGUGACUUUGCCGCCUCGCAGGAGGAGGAGCUCAUCAGCCACGUGGAGAAGGCGCACAUCACCGCGGAGUCGGCCCAGGGCCAGGGUCCCAAUGGUGGCGGUGAGCAGUCGGCCAAUGAGUUCCGAUGUGAGGUAUGUGGCCAGGUGUUCAGCCAGGCCUGGUUCUUGAAGGGUCACAUGCGGAAACACAAGGACUCUUUUGAGCACUGCUGUCAGAUCUGUGGCCGGCGCUUCAAGGAGCCCUGGUUUCUCAAAAAUCACAUGAAAGUCCACCUCAACAAGCUGUCGGUGAAGAACAAGUGCCCCAGCGAGCCCGAGGUGCCCGUGCCCAUGGGCAGCAUGACCCAGGAGGCCCACGCCAACCUGUAUUCCAGGUACCUGUCCUGCCUACAGAGUGGCUUCAUGGCUCCCGACAAAGCCAGCCUGAGCGAGCCCGGCCAGCUCUAUGGCAAAGGAGAGCUGCCCAUGAAGGAGAAGGAGGUACUGGGCAAACUGUUGUCACCCAUCUCCAGCAUGGCUCAUGGGGGUGUCCCGGAGGGGGAAAAGCACUCCCUCCUGAGUUGCCUCAACCUGGUGCCACCGCUAAAAUCCAGCUGCAUUGAGAGGUUGCAGGCAGCUGCCAAGGCUGCCGAGAUGGACCCGGUGAACAGCUACCAGGCCUGGCAGCUCAUGACCAGGGGCAUGGCUGUGGAGCACCAGGUACCACGCAACCACGACGACGCUUUGGCAACCGCCGGAGUGCUGUUUGAUAAGGAGAAGCGGGAGUACGUGUUAGUAGGAGCAGAUGGCUCGAAGCAGAAAAUGCCUGCUGAUCUGGUUCACAACACCAAAGUGGGCAAUCAGAGAGACCUGCCAAAUAAGCUCGACCCUUUAGAAGGCAGCCGGGAGUUUUUGUCACACGGGCUGAACCAGACGCUUGACUACAACCUGCAGGGUGCUGGGAACAUGAAGGAGAAACCGACCGAGUGUCCGGACUGCGGCCGGGUGUUCCGCACCUAUCACCAAGUGGUCGUGCAUUCCCGUGUCCACAAGAGGGACCGCAAGGGUGACGAGGACGGGCUGCACGUGGGCCUGGAUGAACGGCGUGGCUCUGGCAGUGACCAGGAGUCCCAGUCAGUGAGCCGCUCCACUACGCCGGGAUCCUCCAAUGUCACCGAGGAGAGUGGAGUCGGAGGUGGCCUUUCCCAAACGGGGAGUGCCCAGGAGGACAGCCCGCACCCGUCCUCACCGUCUUCCUCAGACUUUGGUGAGGAGGCGGGGAGGACCGCCGGCGUCCAGCAGCCCGCACUGCUUCGCGACAGGAGCCUGGGCUCGGCCAUGAAGGACUGUCCCUACUGCGGGAAGACUUUCCGGACCUCCCACCACCUUAAGGUCCACCUGAGGAUACACACAGGUGAGAAACCCUACAAGUGUCCUCACUGUGACUACGCGGGCACCCAGUCAGCAUCAUUAAAGUAUCACUUAGAACGACAUCAUCGUGAGCGACAGAAUGGAGCUGGGCCACUCCCAGGGCAGCCCCCAAACCAAGACCACAAGGAUGAGAUAGCCAACAAGGCAUCAUUAUUUAUCAGGCCAGACAUCCUAAGGGGGGCCUUCAAGGGGCUCCCUGGAAUCGACUUCAGAGGGGGUCCUGCCUCUCAGCAGUGGACCUCAGGUGUGCUCUCCUCUGGAGAGCCUUCGGGCCAAGCCACCAGCAUGGCUUCAGAGGCCUCUUCGGACACCCUGAAAGGUGCUGACCUUCCUUCCAAAAGCACCCACUUCUCUGAGAUUGGAAGAGCUUAUCAAAACAUUGUGAGCAAUGGCGUGAACUUCCAAGGGUCCUUGAAAGCAUUCAUGGACAGCUUCGUCCUUAGCUCCCUGAAGAAGAAGGACAUGAAGGACAAAGCCCUGUCAGAUGUCCCCUCUAUGAAAGUCCACACAGUGGACAGUGGCGAGGAGAAAGCCAGUGGGAAACUCUCCCAGAGGAAGUCUGAGAAAGCUCAGUAUGAACCUCUGGACUUGUCAGUGCGGCCAGACGCCACCUCCCUCCCAGGCUCAUCUGUGACCAUGCGAGACAGCAUCGCCUGGCAUGGCUGCUUGUUCUGUGCAUUCACCACAUCAUCAAUGGAGCUCAUGGCCCUCCACCUCCAGGCCAACCACCUGGGCAAAGCAAAACGCAAAGAUGCUGCUGCGGGGGUGAUGGUGAACUGCAAAGAGCAGGCUCGGGAGCCUGGCAAGGUGGCUUUGCUGGCUGCGGUUCAAUCAAACAAAGAGAUGGGCCUUUCCAGCACGAUUGGUGGCUGUCUAGACUCUGCUUCUGAGAAGGUGGCCCAAGGACAGGCCAAAGAGACUCUGGGGGACCAGAAGAGUGGCCCAUGGCCCAGCCACGUCGACCCUGCAUUUUGUAACUUCCCAUCAGACUUCUACAAGCAAUUUGGGGUUUACCCUGGCAUGACCAGCUCAGGGGCCUCCAGUUCCUGCCCCAACAAGGAUCCCGAUGGGAAGGCCCACCCUGAAGAUGAUGCCCCAAUCCUGAUCCCUGAAACCACAAAUAAAAACACUACUGAUGAUCUCUCGGAUAUUACCUCCUCUGAGGACAUGGACUCCUCCAAGGGAGAGAACAACGACGAAGAGGAAAUUGAAACCGAGCCAGAAAUGAUGAGCAAGCCACUGCCUGCCCUGGGCAAGGACAGCAGCAGUGAUGGUGGGGACAGCCUGCUGCCCACGGGCACUCCCCAACCCGUCCAGGGCCUGGUCUCGCCUUUAGCUCCAGCCUCAGAGAAGCAGUGGCACAGCCCAGGCAUUCUUCCUGGCCAGGACCCCUCGGUGGGGUUGCAGAAGCCGGAGCGGGGGCCGGCGGGUCUGGACAAGCCGUUGAACAUGCUUUCGGUCCUCAGGGCAUACAGUGCUGAUGGCUUAGCUGCCUUUAACGGGCUGGCGGGCAGCACUGCAAACUCUGGAUGUAUCAAGAGGCCAGACUUGUGUGGUAAGUGACAACCCCCUGUCCUAGUCGGUCUAUCUGGACUUGCCCUUCCUUGUCUGUUCGUGCUCCUUGGUGGUUAUCUGCAGCUUGUCAAUCGUGUAAAGUCAAGAGAAGAAUGUAUACACAUAUGUGUUUUGAAUAAAUAAUUACUUAUUGGCAUAGGUACUGUAUACACAUGGCACACCAACCUACAGUAUAUAUAGCAAAGAAUCAAGGAAGCUAAAAAUAUUAUCCCAUAUGUUUCACUAUUAAAGUCAUGGAUUGCAAAGGCUUGGUAGUUUGAACGGGAGAGAAAAAUUCCCUCAAAGUCAUAAAUCCUGAGUGACAAAUGCUGGUGAAUUGCAGGUCCCUCAACCUGUGGAAAACCUGCUGGGAGGAGGGUGGGGGUCUAUUCUACCAGCUCACCUGAGCUUACAGAAGUGGGCCCGGUAAUGGUCUCUCUGGCACCUACCGCUUGUACCUGAUUGCCAUGUACUAUGUAACACUUUUAGAAGAAUACAGAAAAGUACAGUAAUUAUCUUUCUCUGUAGUAUUUAAGCAGAAGUAUUGCUAGUUUAACAUUGUGUCGUAUUAACCAGGAACAGAUGACAGUAAAAUUCCAGCGAACAGCACCUUGACAUUCACAACUUCAAAUCAGUGAUUGAAGCAAGAUGUAUAAACUUGCAGUGGGUUUAUCGUGUGCUCUCCACUAGCUUAUUGUUGAAGUAAUUAGAAGAUAUAUUAAGGUGUUCCUGGUAAUGAAGACAUGUGAGUUCUCAUAAUUGUAGCUUCCUGAAUACGUGUCAAACUAUAUCUUUAAGUGUGCUGUAUGCUGAGUUACAAGUUAGGUCAUUUAUGAAUGGAAUGUUAAACCGUACUAAAAAUGCUUCGUAACUUAUCUUGGUAUUGCUAAUAAAAAACCUGUGAAACA